AUGCUACUGCUUCUCGCCGCAUUCCUCCUGGCGGCGCAGCCAUCCAGUGCAAGUCGCGAAUCAGCUUGGCGCAACUUGAACCGCGCUACUUGGCGGAACGGCGGCGAGAAUGCUCACUUCUCGGCGACCUCCCGCAGAAACUCCGGAAAUUUUGCAACGCCAGCUGCCGACGGCUCCGCGGUAUACAUUGUUCGCCUGAGCACGGCGCCUCCCCUCACCGAAUAUCGCGGCGGAAUUGCGGGCUACCCCGCGACGGCCACGUGGGACGACGGCAGCGACGAAGAGGACAGUGAGGAAGUGCCGCAGAUGAUUCUCCCCGCCGGAGAUUCCGCCGCCGCCGCAGGCGGCGAGUCCGUCGAUCUGGACGACACCGACGGCGACCAGCAGCUCUCAAACGCGACGGUGCCAUCAUCACCGCCCGCAAACGGCACAUCUGAUGCCGCCGCCACUCCGAGCGCUCGCGGCGGUCGCAGCGGUAACGGUAACGGCGGUCGGAAUGGCGGCGGCGGGUGUCCGCGGCACCGGCUGAGUCUGAGCAUGGACCGCCCCCAGGUGGCGGCGUUCGCGGGGCUGCUGCAGCGGCAGCAGGCGCAGGUGGCAUCUGAGGCAGGCGUACCCGAGGAUGGGCUGCUCUACAGCUACAAGCACACGUCCAACGGCUUCGCCGCGCGCCUCACGCCGCGCCAGCUGUGGCGGCUGCGGCGCAACCCCGCCGUGGCGUCCGUCCGCGCCAGCCGCGUGUUCAGCCGGCAGACGACCGACUCUCCGCAGUUCCUGGGGCUGCCCGGAAAGGUGUGGCCGGCAGUUGGCGGGCAGAGCAAGGCGGGCGAGGGCACGGUGGUGGGGAUCGUGGACACGGGUAUCUGGCCCGAACACCCUUCCUUCAGCGAUAAGGGCCUCUCCGCGCAGCUGCCCGCGGGGUGGAAGGGCAAGUGCGAGCAGUCGAGCUCGUUCCGGUGCAACAACAAGUUGAUCGGCGCCAAGGCCUUCUAUGCCGGCUUCCAGCAGAGCUACGGCCGGCCCGUGCUGAGCAACGACUGGCUCACGCCGCGAGAUGCGGACGGCCAUGGCACGUGGUGCGCGGGGGCGGCCGCGGGCAACCCCGUGAAUGUGAAGGGCGGCGGGCAGGUGAGCGGCAUGGCGCCGGCAGCGCGCAUUGCGGCGUACAAGGUCUUCUGGAAGGACGGCAACGGGGCAAUGACCGCGAUGGAGUCAGAUAUCAUCGCAGCCGUCAAUCAGGGCGUGGCGGACGGUGUGGAUGUGUUGUCGCUGUCUCUGGGCAGCAAGAUUCCCGAUCCCAACGACCACUAUUUCAACGAUCUCGCUUUCAUGCGCGCCAAUGCUGCCGGGGUGUUUGUCACCUUUGCUGCCGGCAACAGCGGGCCUCCCGGGAGUAUUGGUGGAGGGUACUACCGCACGUUGGACAACUUCGCGCCUUUCUACCUCACUGUUGGCGCCAGCACCAUUGCCCGAGGCGGCGCGUCCCUCGCCUCCUCAACUGCCGGCGCUCAGUCGCUCGCUCUCGGCGCCACCACCAGCAGCAACGGCACUGACAGCACGGGCGGCAGCAGCAGCACCGUUCUGACUGCUGACGGCGGGAUCACGUUCAUUACUGCCUCCUCCUCCGCCCCCGUGGUGGCUGACUUCUCUUCCCGCGGCCCCCUGCUGCAGCCCUCCGCCACGGCCCAGCCGCCCAAGGCAAGCAACGCCAUCUUAAAGCCCGACAUCAUCGGCCCCGGAGUGAACCUCUUAGCUGCCUUUCCUGGCAAGAAACCCGGUGAAACCGGCAGUCUUGCCAGCAUGUCGGGCACUUCCAUGGCCACCCCGCAUUUAGCCGGGCUAGCCGCUUUAAUCAUCCAGAAGUACCCCAACUGGACCCCAGCGCAGGUGAUGUCAGCGCUGAUGACGACGGUGCGGGUGACGGACACGAGCAAGAGCCCGAUCAAGAGUUCGACGGGCAGGGAGGCCACCCCGUGGGAGAUGGGCGCAGGCCACGUGUUCCCCCCGGCCAUGCUCGACCCCGGGCUUACCUACGAUGUCCGCGACCGUGACUACCAGAAUUUCCUUGCCGGGCAGGACCUCAACCGCGCGACAAGGGAGUUCUGGGGGGUGAAGCUCUCUCCUCUGGCUGUUCGCAACCUCAACCUGCCCACCAUCACUCUGCCUCGCCUGCAGGGAUCCCUGCAGGUCACCCGCACCGUCACCAACGUGGGGCAGUCCCGGUCCACAUACAGCAUAUCUGGGAAGGCGCCGCAGGGGGUGAAGGUGACUUCGUCGGCUAAGAGCCUCACGCUUGCUCCUGGGGAGAAGGCGAGCUACACGCUGACGUUUACGGUGGAUACCCCCAGUAAUGACUUCAAGUACGGGUUUAUAGUCUGGGCUGACAACCAGGGCCACAGCCCAGCUGUCGCCGGUAAUCGCCUGCUGAUCGUCCCACCCAGCUGCCCCCAUCGGCGCCCACCACCUGCUGCAACGCUGCCAGCACGUGCUGUUUCAGAUGCCCGUCCACUGCCGGACCCUCUGCUCCGUACGGGAGAGAUGACUCGUCCGUCAUUAUGUCCAGCAGCUGGGGAGGUCAUGGGAAGGGAAGAAUAG